AAUAAAUGAAAAUCGUCAUCCUUUUAGUCCUAGUGAUGUCAUCAUUGGCAAGGCUUACUUAUAGGAAUAGCGUAUUUGGAAGAGAAGAGAUCAUCCAGGCCAGUAAUACGUUGUGGUUUAUGCAGAAAUUGGAUCACAAUGAUCCCACAUCGAAGGAAGUGUUUAAACAAAGAUAUCACAUUUAUGAUGAUUAUGUAGUUGGAAACUAGCCUGAAGCAGUUAUUUUGUACAUUUGUGGUGAAUGGACAUGUAAGCUGGAAAUACAAAUAUUAUAGGUGACGGAAUUGGAAAUGGGUUAACAUUUGAUGCUGCACAAUAAUUGAAAGCCAUAAUCCUUGUUUUGGAACACAGAUAUUUUGGUUAGUCUCAGCCAUUCAGAGAUUGGAGUACUCCAAACUUAAAAUAUCUCAACAUUCAUUAAGCUUUGGAUGACAUUGCUUACUUUAUCUAGGACAUCAAAACUCAAGGUAACUUUAAUAUAAAGCCAAAUACCCCAUGGAUUCAUCUUGGAGGUUCAUACCCAGGAGCACUAAGCGCUUGGUUUAGAUACAAAUAUCCCCAUUUGACAAUUGGAGGUUUGGCUUCUUCAGCAGUUGUCAGAGCAGUCGCUUGUUAUCAUGAAUACGAUAUGCAAGUUUAUCUUUCUGCCUUGGAGAGUUCUUAAGAGUACUAUAACUUUAAAUUUAAUUAGAUGUGUAGAUAGAAUCCAAUAAGUAAAUGAAAAGAUUGAAGCCGACUUGUUAGAAAGUCCUGCUACUAUUAAGGCCGAUUUUGGUGCUUCAGAAUUAACAGAUGUUGAAUUCUUGUCAAUGAUUGCUGAUAUCUAUGCUGGCAUGGUUUAAGGCAGAAAAAGAUCUAAGAUGUGCGAGAGAUUAGAAGCUGGAGCUACUUUAGACGAUUGGUUUAAACAAGUAAAAGAGAUGGCCAAGGAAACAGUUGAUCAAGAAAGCUACGGAUCCGAAUUUUUAAAGGAUAUCACCAUUGAUUUCUCAAAGAAUUCCAGACAGUGGACAUAUUAGACUUGCAUUGAAGUUGGAUACUUUUAAACUGCUAAUGUAAUUAAUCAUUUUUAAUUUAAAGCCAACUGCUGAACAAUCAACAAGAUCAUAACAAUUGAAACUCGAUUUCUUUAGAAACUUAUGCGAAUAUUCUUAUGGAAUUUCCAUCUUCCCUGAUGAAGAGAGAACUAAUGCUUAUUUUGGUGGACUUGAUAUCAAUGUGGAUCACCUUAUCUUUUCAAAUGGAUCAGAUGACCCAUGGUAACAUGCCUCAAUCACUAAAUGGACAUAAGGAAAAGAGUAUGAUGUCAAGUACAUUAAAUGCAAGGAUUGUUCACAUUGUGUUGAUCUUAAGGCUACUAAGGUUGAAGAUCCACCUGAAUUAACUCAAGCUAGACAAGAAAUUCUAGCCAUAUUUUAACAAUGGAUUAACGAAUACAAACAACAACAAGCCUAAAUUAUUGAGUGAAAUAUAAUAAGAAAUAUAUAUAUAUCAAAGUA